ACGAUCCUCUGUCAUUGAUCCUUGACAUCUUACCAUUGAAAAACGUAGUACGACGAACACAUAAUAUUAAUAAAUCAUUUGAUAAUACGUCACUCAAGAAAAUAAUAAGAGAUCAUAAUUCAUUUAUCGACGAGAAUGCACCGGUGCGCGUUGAAGAGAAAAAUUAAUAAAAAAGAGAAAAGGAAAAGAGAAGAAACAAGAUGACUUCGCAUUCAAGAAAUUGACGUUUCUACGACUAUACAUUGAGCUGUGAUUCCAUCAAAAGUUCUUGGAACUUUCUUCAGGAUAACUCAUAGAAUUGUUUUUAUCUUCUUUCAUGGGACAAUUUCUUUACGAGUGGACACUUGAUCAACGAUACGUCAUAAAAAUAUUUUUGUAUUCGAUGUGAAUGGAUUGCUUCGCUUCCAUUUAAGAAAGAUAUAUUUUGAAGGAACUUCAAUAUGUGAUGUUAUGACGAUAAGAAGGUUAUUUCGACAAGAGCGGAAGUCGAUAUGAAUAUACAAUUGGUAAAAUAUUCAGUCGUACAUAAAUUCAUGUAACAAUACGUAUAGUGCACAAUCGUCUUCGAAAACUUAUUCGGAUUAGUAUAGUGAUCCAUCAAGUGGUGAUAAUCAAAAAUUUGUUUUGUCCUAAAAGAAUAAAUAAUAAUGAAUGAGAAAGAAAACUCGUCGUUUAUAAUUGACUAUCAAGAAGAUGGCAGAGACGAGAAUCUCGCUAAAUGGGAAAUCACACUUUUAACGACUAUAUUUAUUAUCACUGUAUUCGGAAAUAGUUUGGUGUUGUUUUCUAUCUAUUUAAGGAGAUAUCGUGCCCGUAAAAAACUCACCAGAAUGUACUUCUUCAUUAUGAAUCUUAGCAUCGCAGAUUUGUUGACAGGUCUACUCGAUGUCCUACCUCAACUCGGUUGGGAUAUUACUUUCAGAUUUCAGGGUGGGCCAGUGCUCUGUAAGCUGGUGAAAUUCUUUCAACCGUUCGGUCCUUAUUUAAGUUCUUACAUUUUGACGGCAACGGCGAUCGACAGAUAUCAUGCAAUUUGUCAUCCUCUCAGUUAUUGCAGCGUUACAUCUAGAAAAUCGAGAAUAAUGGUUUAUUGGGCUUGGUCUAUCGCAUUUAUCCUAUGUAUACCCCAGUUAUUCGUGUUUUCGUAUCAAGAAAUAACGCCAGGAAUUUGGGACUGCUGGGCAACUUUUGACAUAAAGUUCGGCGAAAGAGCGUACGUCACAUGGUACAGUCUAAUGGUCUUCCUCUUACCAUUCAUCGUUCUGGUAUAUACCUACGUUGGAAUCUGUAUUGGUGUGUGGCAAAGUAAUAAAAUGUCCGGUGCUGUAGACGAUAGAACGUACAUUAGAAGUGUCAGCGGGUUUGCUCGUAAUCGAAGUUCAUUCAUUUCUAAGGCAAUGAUCAAUACCGUAAAGCAGACUAUAGCUGUAAUCACUCUCUAUGUUAUAACGAGCAUUCCGUUCAUCGGAUGUGAACUCUGGGCAACCUGGGAUCCUGAAGCUUCCAAAUCAUCUUUCGUUACUGGUCCCACGUUCACCAUUCUGGCCCUUUUAAAUAGUUUAACCAGCUGCGUUAAUCCAUGGAUAUAUUUAUCGUUUAAUCAAGAACUACGCUUAAUGUUAAUGAAUUAUUUCUGCAACCGGCACGAAUAUUACGGUCACGGAAUAAUACGUUGCAGUAACUCAAACGACACAUCGACGAGGACAUCGUUGAUGUCCAGAAUAUCGCGAUAUGCUGGUUCAGUAAUAUUUCGCUAACGAAGAGUUUUAGUGAUAUUAUCACUUGACGAUAUUUACAAGUCAAAAAAAAAAAAAA